UCUGGUGUCAGAUGAUCCCGUGACCAUUCGAUGUGUGCAUCACGCUGUAUAGUUUGAAGGAUUCAGACCAGAGGGGAUUCGGACUGUUCAUACAGUGAAAUGGGAAGAAUAACUCGCUUCGAAGUUGUGUUUUCUAAAGAAGAUGCGGUAUUCCAGGCAGGAGAUGAUGUAGAUGGCUUUGUUUAUUUAGAUCUCAACGAGGAGUUCAAAUGCAGAGCUGUGAGAGUACGUUGCAUUGGCGAAUGUCACACCUACGUUGAUGAUGGCAGCUCCUCUGAUGAGGAAGAGGAAAACUAUUUCGAAGAAACCAUCACUGUCUUUGGGAAAAUAAAGGGGCAGCAGGGAGAGGAUCCAGUUCUUCAACCUGGGAAUUACGAAUAUCCGUUCAAAUUUCAACUGCCCAUGCGAGGUUUGCCGUCAUCUUUUAAAUAUAAAAAACAGUAUAUUCGCUACAAGGUCGAGAGCUUCAUUGACAUACCGAGAAGAUUGGAUCGAUAUGCUAAGAAGUAUUUCACUCUCAUCCAGCAAACUGAUCUCAAUGACGAGAGAAAAGCAAUGAAAUCGCAACGGAAACAGGCUCAGAAGACGGUUGGGAUGCUGUGCUGUGCCGCUGGAUAUCUUGACCUGUGGAUGCAGAUCCCAAAGACUGGUUACGUUCCUGGCGAAAGCAUUAUAUUAAAGGGUGAAGCCAACAAUCACACAACUCGGGCAAUGAGCUCGACGAAAGUUUAUCUUUCCCAGAAUAUCAAGGUGCGAGCGAAAGGAAAGAAAGAGACCUAUCAUCGUAAUGUCGUCGAGAUAAAAAAACUGAAAUAUGCUCCGGGUGAAACGUGUGUCUGGGACAACCAGCCGUUAUUGAUUCCUGCUGUGGCUCCAACGUACCUUACGGGAUGCUCACUUAUUGAUCUUUAUUAUUCUCUUGAGGUGGAGGCGAGUCCGUCGGGCCCGUCAUUCGAUCUUUGCCUCGAUUUUGACGUCAUCAUCGGAACCAUACCCCACCGUGAUGCGUUUGCGAUGGAAUCAGCUCACAUGCUCCCGCCUGCUGGUCCAAAUGUGGGGAAAAUUGGAUUGGAGGGCCAGGGAGGUCCACCCCUCUCAGAUGGUCCGAUACCGCUAUUGCCGCCGCCGUCAUAUUACGCCUACAUGUUAGGCGAGGUUGAACCAAAAGAGAAGAAAGACAAGGGCGCCAAAGCGGAAGGGAAUGAGACGGAAAAGUUUGCACCCAAAUACGUUUACUACAAUUUCCAACCUAUCCCUGCAACAUAGACGGAAGGCGUGGCGAAGUCGGGCACAUGAGCAUUAUGAUGGAUGUUUCCUAAGACUUCUGCGUUCUGCCCCAAGCGGUGUCCUUUCACCAGUAUUCCCCUCUUUUCUUUACAAACGUAUGUGUGCAUCGGGAAAAUCUGAAUAGCACCAACAUAUUCGCCUCUGAUUUCAUACAGAGUAAAUCUAAUGAGAUCAAUACCUGGCAGUGUUGAACAACAUGGGCACCCUGGUGUCACGAAUAAUUUGAGCUAGAUUUGCUCCUGGCGUAUUUUGGCGAUUUUCUUUAUUGUGUUCUCUGUUCUCUCCUUCUAUAUUAUAUAUUUGCGUAUAAUCUAUGCAGAUUUCUCUGCACUAUUAAGUUCUGUCUGGCGUAACGCGGCCAAAAAGGCCAAAGAAAACAUCAAUUGAAAAAAAUAAAAAAUUGGAUCAAAAGGCUGUUGUAAUCAUGACAAUUGUAGACCUGAACACUUCAGUAAUAAAGCUGUUAUAUUACCGAUGAUAAUGUAGAUGUGAUAGUAGUCUGGUUUUUCUGAAUAAUUAUCGUUUUGUCCUUGGA